AGUUAGGUAGGGCAGGGCAAGCGUACGGCCAUGGCCCCGUGGCUGCAGCUCUGCUCCGUCUUCUUCACGGUCAACGCCUGCCUCAACGGCUCGCAGCUGGCGGUGGCCGCGGGCGGCUCCAGCAGAGCGCGAGGCGCCGACACCUGCGGCUGGAGGGGAGUGGGGCCGGCCAGCAGAAACAGUGGACUGCACAACAUCACCUUCAGAUAUGACAACUGCACCACUUACUUGAAUCCAGUGGGGAAGCAUGUGAUCGCUGAUGCCCAGAACAUCACCAUCAGUCAGUACGCUUGCCAUGACCAAGUGGCAGUCACCAUUCUUUGGUCCCCAGGAGCCCUUGGCAUCGAAUUCCUAAAAGGAUUUCGAGUAAUACUGGAGGAGCUGAAGUCAGAAGGCAGCCGGUGCCAACAACUGAUUCUAAAGGACCCGAAGCAGCUCAACAGUAGCUUCAAAAGAACUGGAAUGGAAUCUCAACCUUUCCUGAAUAUGAAAUUUGAAACAGAUUACUUUGUGAAGAUCGUCCCUUUUCCUUCCAUUAAAAAUGAAAGCAAUUACCACCCUUUCUUCUUCAGAACCCGUGCCUGCGACCUACUUCUGCGGCCGGACAACCUGGCCUGUAAACCCUUCUGGAAGCCUCGGAACCUGAACAUCACCCAGCACGGUUUGGACAUGCAAGUGUCCUUUGACCACGCGCCACACACCUUUGGCUUCCGUUUCUUCUAUCUUCAUUAUAAGCUCAAGCAUGAAGGGCCCUUCAAACGAAAGACCUGUAAACAGGAGCAAAAUACAGAGACAACCAGCUGCCUCCUUCAAAAUGUUUCUCCUGGAGAUUAUAUAAUUGAGCUCGUGGAUGACACUAAUACAACAAGAAAAGUGAUGCAUUAUGCCUUAAAGCCAGCACAUUCCCCGUGGGCAGGGCCCAUUAGGGCUGUAGCCAUCACCGUGCCUCUGGUUGUCAUCUCUGCAUUUGCCACCCUCUUCACUGUGAUGUGCCGCAAGAAGCAACAAGAAAAUAUAUAUUCACAUUUAGAUGAAGAGAGCUCUGAGUCCUCCUCGUACACCACGGCCCUCCCCAGAGAGAGGCUCCGGCCUCGGCCAAAGGUCUUUCUCUGCUAUUCCAGUAAAGAUGGCCAGAAUCACAUGAACGUUGUCCGGUGUUUUGCCUACUUCCUCCAGGACUUCUGCGGCUGUGAGGUGGCUCUGGACCUGUGGGAAGACUUCAGUCUUUGCCGGGAAGGGCAGAGAGAAUGGGUCAUCCAGAAGAUCCAUGAGUCCCAGUUCAUCAUCGUGGUGUGUUCCAAAGGCAUGAAGUACUUUGUGGACAAGAAGAACUACAGGCACAAAAGCAGUGGCCGGGGCUCUGGGAAAGGCGAGCUCUUCCUGGUGGCUGUGUCCGCCAUCGCUGAAAAGCUCCGCCAGGCCAAACAGAGCUCCUCAGCCCAGCUCAGCAAGUUCAUCACCGUUUACUUCGACUAUUCCUGCGAGGGAGAUGUUCCUGGCAUCCUGGACCUGAGCACCAAGUACAAGCUCAUGGACAACCUUCCUCAGCUCUGUUCCCACCUGCACUCCCGAGACCACGGUCUCCCAGAGCCCGGACAGUACCCCGGACAGGUGAGCAGAAGGAACUACUUUCGCAGCAAAUCAGGCCGGUCUCUUUAUGUCGCCAUUUGCAACAUGCACCAAUUUAUCGAUGAGGAACCCGACUGGUUUGAGAAGCAAUUCAUUCCUCUCUGCCCUACCCCACUGCACUACCGGGAGCCAGUGCUGGAGAAGUUUGACUCGGGCUUGGUGUUAAAUGAUGUCAUGUGCAAACCAGGGCCUGACAGCGAUUUCUGCCUCAAGGCCGAGGCAGGGGUCCCCGGGGUUCCCGGGGCGCAGGCCGAUUCGCCCUUGGAGGGCCAGCACUUGGGCCUGGACCAAGACGUGGAGGUAGGGCCCAGGCCUGGCAGCAGCUCAGUCCUGCGCCCCCUGCUGCACGUGGUGAAAGCCGCCAGCCCCUCGGAUAUGCCCCGAGACUCAGGCAUCUACGACUCCUCCGUGCCCUCCUCGGAGCUGUCCCUACCCCUAAUGGAAGGACUCUCAGCAGAUCAGACAGAAACAUCUUCACUGACGGAGAGCGUGUCCUCCUCCUCUGGCCUGGGUGAGGAGGACCCUCCUGCCUUCCCUUCCAAGCUCCUCACCUCUGGGGCAUGCCAAGCAGAACCUGGUUGCUGCAGCUACACUGGUGAACUCCACGCCGUCGCCCCUUUGUAACAAAAUGGAGGAGUCUACGCAUUGCCACUUUAGCUGCUGCCUCUC